AUGUGUGCGCGUUCCCGAGUGUCUGCGCCAUCGACAGCCAACCAUACAAUCGCAACCUUUUCCUCUCAGUUUUUAAUAUCUCCCUUUUUUUUCAGAUUUUUCCUCAGCUAUAUUAUAUUCCCUUUUACCAUUCCUUUUCUUUUUCGCAGACAUUCUCUUUUUUUCUUCGCUUCUCGUUCCUUAUUUACAUAUACACUUCCUAAAAGUCUUUCUUUUUGCUUACUUUCUAUUUCUCUCAAUCUUUUACUGCCAUAUUUGUUCUUCCUUUUCUUUUUCUUCUUCUUCUUCUUUUUAUUCUUCUUCUUAUUAUUAUUUUCUCCUCUUCUUCUUCAUCGACAUCUUCUUUUUCUUCAACUUCUUUUCUUCUUCCUCAUCUACUUCUUUUCCUCUUCUACCACUUCUUUUUUCUUCUUCCUCUUCUUCUUAUUUUCUCCUCUUCUUCUUCAUCGACAUCUUCUUUUUCUUAAAUUUCUUUUCUUCUUCUUCAUCUACUUAUCCUCUUCUACCACUUCUUUUUCUUCCUUAUCUCCUUCUUUUCUUCUUCUUCUUCUUUUUCUUCUUCUUCUUUUUCUUUCGUCUGUUUCUUCUACUUCUUUUCUUCUUCAUCAACAUCUUCUUUUUCUUCAACUUCUUUUCUUCUUCUUUCUUCUUCUACUUCUUUUUUCUUUUUCUAGUUCUUUUCUUAUUUUACUUUUUGUCGUUUUCUUCUUCUUCUUCUUCUCCUCCUCCUCCUCUAGUCUCUUUUUCUUAUACAUUUUUGUAUUUCUUUCUUUGUUUUCUCUUCGCCCUCUAUAUCCUUUUUCAUUUACGUAUUUUCCAAUUCCCUCUUUCUCCUUUCUCGAUUUCUUCAGUCUUUUAACUUCCUAUAAUCUCUUCUUCUUCUUCUUCUUCUUCUUCUUCUUCUUUACAGUCUGUAUUCAUUCCUUUCCUUUUUUCUCUCCCAUAUAUAACUUUUCCAAUUCCCCUUUCUUUUCUUUACUCUUUCCUUCAGUCAUUUUCAAUCUAUCUAUCUAUCUAUCUAUCUAUCUAUCUAUCUAUCUAUCUUCUUCUUCUUCUUCUUCUUCUUCUUCUUCUUCUUCUUCUUCUUCUUUACAGUCUUCAUUGCUCAAUCUAUCUAUCUAUCUAUCUAUCUAUCUAUCUAUCUAUCUAUCUAUCUAUCUUCUUCUUCUUCUUCUUCUUCUUCUUCUUCUUCUUCUUCUUCUUCUUUACAGUCUUCAUUGCUCAAUCUAUCUUCUUCUUCUUCUUCUUCUUUUUCUUCUUCUUCAUUAUCAUCAUCAUCAUCUUCUUCUUCUUCUUCUUACUCGUUUCUUUUCCUCUCACUCAUUGAUAACACUUUCUUCUUCCAUUUUGGCAUUUGAUUCGUACUCUUUCUUCUUUUUCUUUAUCCUAUCCCAGUUCAAUGUCCCUCUUCUUUUUAUUUGCGUCUUUAUCAUUUUUCUUUCUUCUUUCGUCUUUUUUUCUUUCUAUAAUUCUUUAAAGAAUAUUUUCUUUAUUUCUUCACUUGUACAGUUGCUUAUUCUUUUAUGUUUCUUAUUUUCCUCAUUUUUUUUUUACAAUUUUAUUUUUACGCCUUCUCUUUUUCCCCAACGGCAUUUUCCCUUGAAUUCAUUGUCUCUCUUCUCUUCUUUAAAUUCCUUUUUUUGGAGGGGGCACACUACUUUCUUUCCUCCUAAUAACCAUAUCUUCGUCUUGACCCCAUCAGCCAAUCAUUCUUUCACUAUUUCUCUCUUUCUCAAUCCGUUUUCUUUUUCCUCUUUUUCUCUUUCCUCCUCCCGUCACUCUUCCAGUAUUUUGUGCUUCCUCCCUGUUUUCUUCCUUCCUUCCUUCCUUAAUCUCCUCUUUUCUUUUCUCCUCUUUUCUUAUCUUUGGAUCUCUUGUAUUUCUUCUCUUUCAUCCUCCGUGAAUUUCCCCACUCUUCCUUCUCGCCUCUCUCUCUUUUUCUAUUCGACAUUUCCUUUACUUUUCAUCUCUUUCUUCGCUUCCGAGCCAAUUUAUCAUCUUUAUCACCCUCUUCACUAUAAACUCUCUCUCUCAUUGUUUCUUUAUUAUUUUCUUUUUUCUUUUUCUUCAUUUUCUUCCUUCUUUUUUUUUUUUUUACUUAUAUUAAUCUUCAUAACCUUUCUCUCACUGCCUUCCUUGCUACCCUUCUCUCAAUGUUGCACCGUUCUCUUUCCAAUUUCACUACUCCCUAUCUGGAUCUGGCCGCCAUUGCCCUACAACCCAACCAAUAUUGCACAAAAUAAAAACCAAAUAAAAAUCAAAUAA